AUACUGACAACUGACAUAUCAAAUGAAAAUUUUGAUGUAUUUAUAUUAUGCUACAUAGAAUAUAAUUUGACUUCCUCUAGUAAAAAUACAUAAAAAAUAUGGAAAAGGAAAGGUUCUCACUUCUGCAAUUGGAUCCAGGAGAAAUUUAUUUUGAAGAUUUCAGUGCAAUUUUCAUUCCACCUGAUACAACUCCAAAAACAUAUGAAACUAAAAAACAAGACGGAAGACUAAAAAUGUGUUCCAAGUCUCUGAUAUUUGAUCCUAAGGACAUUAAUAAGCCUAUUGUCAAAAUACCUUUCAAAGACUGUGUGGUUAUUGAGCAGUGGAAGGGAAGUGCCAAAUUUCUAAAUAGUAACAACGUGCUCAGUGUCAAUUGCAGGGAGUACAUAGAAUUAUUGGAGAAAAAUGUUAUUGCACCCUAUCAGUUCAAAGGAUCUGCAAAUUUUCUAUUUCUAUUGAACUAUGCAAAUAUAACGAACUGUUUACCACAGAUUUCACAGUUACAUAGAGCUAGUAGUCUUCCGGCUGCCGAACAAUCAGAUAUGAUAGCAACUAUUGUGCACUCAAGACAAUGUAGAGACAAUUUUGACCCAAGGUGGAUGGAUUUGUAUGAAAAAAUAAUAAUGGAUUUUCAAGCUGAUAAAAUCACCCCACUUGUUGUGAAUCCAGGAAGAAUAGUGCUAACAAGCACUAAAUUGUACUUUCAACCUUAUAACCAAAUGGGAGAGUAUCCAUUGAAAAUUGAUCUCAGAAGCAUCAAACAAAUUGUGAAAAGAAGGUUCCUAUUAAGACACAUUGGUUUAGAAAUAUAUUCCAACGCUAACUCCACAAACCAUACAUACUUUUCCCUUCGAAAUCAAAGUUUGAGAGAUACAUUGUACGAACAAUUAUUACAACAUCCAGAAUUGAAACUUAAUGACAUACAGCAAGAUGUGAUGACUUUACAGUGGCAGAACGGUGUGAUAUCAAACUAUGACUACCUUUUGUAUAUUAACAGUCUAGGUGAUCGAACUGUCAAUGAUUUGACACAGUACCCUGUUUUUCCAUGGAUCAUAUCAAAUUAUACUUCGAGAGAAUUGGAUUUAGAUGAUUCUGCAAACUACCGUGAUCUAUCAAAACCAGUAGGAGCCUUGAACAGUACCCGUUUAUCACGUUUAUUAGAAAGAUAUAACGAGAUGCCAAAUCCGAAGUUUUUGUACGGUUCACAUUAUUCAACACCGGGAUUUGUUCUUUAUUAUUUAGCCAGACUCUACCCGCACUAUGUUUUAUGUUUACAAAGUGGCAGGUUUGAUCAUCCCGACAGAAUGUUCAAUGCUGUUGCAGAUGCAUAUAAAAACUGUUUGAGUAAUAUGUCCGAUUUCAAGGAAUUGAUACCGGAGUUUUAUGAUGUCGCAGAAGGCGGCAAAUUUUUACUGAAUAAUAUGGGCAUCAAUUUUGGAUAUCGACAUAAUAAUGUUAAAGUUGGCGACGUUCAAUUACCUCCUUGGGCACAAAGUCCUUCGGAGUUCGUAAACAUUUUGCGGGAGGCUCUGGAAAGUGACAUUGUAUCGAAAAAUUUGCACAAAAAAAGAUUAUUUUAUCACCUUUGUUAUGAAGGAGCUGUUGAUUUGGAUUCAAUUCCGGAUCUGAACGAAAGGCACGCCUUGGAAGUUCAAAUCAUGGAGUUUGGACAGAUACCGAAGCAAGUCUUCAAAGUUCCACACCCUAGACGAAAAUUAGGAGACUCCAUUCCAGUUGAACCCUACCAGAUUCAUCAGAACAAAAUCAUUUUAGACGAUCAGUGGAAGAAUGCGGAGAGUUUGGAUUUACAUACCAGCUUCAAAUCUCAUAAAAACACCGUGAGCCAUUUAUUCAUAAAUGAAAAUGGUACUCAAAUUACAUCAGUAGGACACGAUUCUAAACUUAAAAUCUUUUCUUUGUCUCAGAACAAACAAAUAAGAAGUGCCAGUAUUGGAAAUAUGCCACUUUCUAGUUGCAUUCAGCUGCCAAAUAUCAACAAACUUGUGGUUGCCAGCUGGGAUAAUGAAAUAUCCUUGUAUGAUUUGGAUUAUGGCAGAGUAACUGAGAAUGUGUUAGCCCAUGAAGACGCAAUCACCUGUAUGUCCUUCGGUUACAAAAAUAAUCUUCUUGUUUCUGGUAGUGGGGAUUGUACUGUGAAAAUUUGGAAAGGUUUGAAUAGCGAUGGGGUGAUUAAACCAAUACAAUGUCUCCAUAAACAAAUUGACCAUAAUUCCCAGGUCAACUGCUUGACUUUUAAUGUUGAAAAUGACCAUUUGGCUGUUGGCACAGAAGAUGGUGAUGUUUACAUAUGGGAGAUGAACAGUUUUACAGAUGUUACAGAUUACCAACUUCUUUACUUUUCAGGUUCUGUCAAAACCAUAGACAUAUCGCCUCAGAGGGAAUUUAUUGUUAGUGGAAGUCAAGAUCGUGUGAUAAAAGUAUGGAAACCAAAAAUUAAUGUUUAGAUUAAUGAUUAAGUCUAUGAAAAUAGUAUUGAAAUUGACGAACAUUUAUGAAUUGUUAAGUCUCACUUGGC